AGGUUUGGCAGCUCCAUUUCACCUCCCCUUAACUCUGUUUGGGAUCGCUUACACACCAAGGAAGUUGGGGUUCGAGGAGAAUUCCAUCCCACUACCAGGAGGAGAAUACUUCCCAUCUUAGCACUCUGCUUCCCCAGUGUUUAGAAUUUUCUAUCUCUGUCACUCCAGAGGAUUAUGUUACGUAUGAAGCCUUCUGUGCGCAUCUUUCUUUUCACCUGUGUCCUCCAACUCAGCCAUACCUGGUCAGUGAACAAUUUUCUGAUGACUGGUCCAAAGGCUUACUUGAUCUACUCCAGCAGCGUGGCAGCUGGUGCCCAGAGCGGUAUCGAAGAAUGCAAAUACCAGUUUGCCUGGGACCGCUGGAACUGUCCGGAGAGAGCCCUGCAGCUGUCCAGCCAUGGCGGCCUGCGCAGUGCCAACCGGGAGACAGCAUUCGUUCAUGCCAUCAGUUCUGCUGGCGUCAUGUACACUCUGACUCGAAACUGCAGCCUGGGGGAUUUUGACAACUGUGGCUGUGACGACUCCCGCAAUGGGCAGCUGGGAGGUCAAGGCUGGCUGUGGGGAGGCUGCAGUGACAACGUGGGCUUCGGAGAGGCAAUAUCCAAGCAGUUCGUGGAUGCCCUGGAGACAGGACAGGAUGCCCGGGCAGCCAUGAACUUGCACAACAACGAGGCCGGCCGCAAGGCGGUGAAGGGCACCAUGAAGCGCACGUGUAAGUGCCACGGCGUGUCCGGCAGCUGCACCACGCAGACCUGCUGGCUGCAGCUGCCGGAGUUCCGCGAGGUGGGCGCGCACCUGAAGGAGAAGUACCACGCGGCCCUCAAGGUGGACCUGCUGCAAGGGGCCGGCAACAGCGCGGCGGGACGCGGCGCCAUCGCCGACACCUUUCGCUCCAUCUCCACGCGGGAGCUGGUGCACCUGGAGGACUCCCCAGACUACUGCCUGGAGAACAAGACGCUGGGCCUGCUGGGCACCGAGGGCCGCGAGUGCCUGCGGCGCGGGCGGGCCCUCGGCCGCUGGGAGCGCCGCAGCUGCCGCCGGCUCUGCGGGGACUGCGGGCUGGCGGUGGAGGAGCGGCGCGCCGAGACCGUGUCCAGCUGCAACUGCAAGUUCCACUGGUGCUGCGCCGUGCGCUGCGAGCAGUGCCGCCGGCGCGUCACCAAGUACUUCUGCAGCCGCGCCGAGCGGCCGCGGGGGGGCGCUGCGCACAAACCCGCGAGAAAACCCUAAGGGUCCCCCCUCCCGCUCCUUUCCCCAUCUGUCCUCGGCUUCUUUUAGAGACCCCAGUAAUAGAGGAACCUAGAGAUGCGGAUCCUUCACUCGCAAGCCCAGGGAUCCCGAGAGAGACGCUGCAGUCUCCGGAGAUGUCACUUUCCAACCUGUUCCCCCAGGCCCGGGGCGCUCUCCGGGAGCUGAGGUUUGAGGUAUUGAUCUUCUUUGGACGAGGAUGAGAAUAGGUGGUCCUCCUCCCCUUCCUAGUUGCCCUAACGUUGGACCCAGCCUAUGGAGCCUUGGUAACAGGAAGACCCCUGCUCAAAUACACAGGGCCAACAGGGGUGGGGUGGGGGGAACCAUGGCUUCUCUCUUUUGUCCAUUUUGCUCAAACCCCCCCCUUCCCCCAUUUUCGCUGCCAGGUCUCUAUUACGGCUGCAUUUUCCGCCUGCAGAGCCACUCCCCGGGAAUCUCUAAUGCUUUCUCUCGGCUUCUCCCUAUCCUUUGUCCCUAAAGAGAAACUGUGCGGAAACUGACCCAGGAAAAAAGCACGUGUGAGAGGACUAGUUCUUGAGGCAAGGGUUGAAGAUGGGGAGCGGGGUAACCUAGAGUGCUGCCUUCUCACCCUGUGACACCGUGUCUAAUGGGCUUACCGGGGGACAGUGACCUUCCUGAAAUCGCCACGGCGCUCCAGACACAUUCCCACAAUGUCUAGGAACUCUGUAAGGCCAGAUGGCCGGUCAUUUCCUACCCUUUAAAGUACCCUCCCUGCCCCUAACCCACUGCCCCCUAGCAACCAUCUCUACCUCUUCUCCUUCCCCACAGGACCCUUGUUCCUCUGAGCCAAUUCUGAGCUC